CUGAAUCUCAUAUUGCCGUUUAGUCCACCAGACCAACUAUGCCUGUAUGUGACAUUGUACCGCUAUUAGAACCGAGGAGAAAGAUGCCUUAUCUAUGAAUGUGAAUUUAACCAACCGGGAGCCAACUCCCUCCUGUUUUUCCAUUCACCUCGUUCACAAAGCCCUCCACCUCGAGAAUGCAAGACUAACAUGUAGGUCCAACCACCUAUUGACAACCUUGUCAAUAUCAUCCACAAGGAUGCCCAAAAGUCCGUAGACACCCGCCCAAACAUCUAUCCGAUUUACUCCUUCCUCAACGCGGACUAUAUCACGCCGCACAUUGCGUACCUCAAGUUGACCAAACCAGGUGAUGCAUCGCACAAGAAGACGCCAUCCUUUUUGUUCGAAAGUGCUAAGAACGGUGACCAAGUCGACCGGUACUCGUUCAUGGGCUUUAACCCACGCAAGAUCAUCAAGACCGGUCCGACUGACGGCGCGGAAAUCGACCCGUUGAUCUUGUUGGAGGCGGAGUUGAACCAGUACAGGCAGGCCGAGUUGCCGGGAGUCCCAAGAUUGAGCGGUGGAGCCAUUGGCUAUGUGUCCUACGACUGCAUAAAGUACUUUGAGCCCCGCACCAAGCGCGACUUGAAAGACAUUUUGCAGUUGCCGGAAGCCGCGUUGAUGUUCUACGACAUGAUUGUGGCGUAUGACCACGUCUUCCUGAGAUUUCAGAUCAUCAACAACGUGCACAUCGCCGCCACCGAUGACGACGCCACGGUUAGAGCCAAGUAUUCCUCAGCUUCUAACGAAAUCCUCAAGAUCGAGGGUAUGUUGUUGCAGCAGGGCCCGGUGCCAUACCCACCGCAGCCGGACAUUGUGCAGAACCAGACCUUCACCUCCAACAUUGGCCAGCAGGGGUAUGAGAACCACGUCACCACCCUCAAGCAGCACAUCUUGAAGGGGGACAUCAUCCAAGCCGUGCCUUCCCAGCGCGUCGCCAGACCAACCUCUUUGCACGCGUUCAACAUCUAUCGCCACUUGAGAACCGUCAACCCAUCACCGUACCUCUUCUACAUCGACUACCUUGACUUCCAGAUUGUCGGUGCGUCUCCUGAGUUGUUGGUCAAGUCCGACAUCAAGAACAAAAUCAUCACCCACCCUAUCGCCGGGACCGUGCCACGCGGUAAGACCCGUGAAGAGGACGACGAGUUGGCCCAGCAGUUGCUGUCAUCGUUGAAGGACAGAGCCGAGCACGUCAUGUUGGUUGACUUGGCCCGUAACGAUAUCAACCGUGUUUGCGACCCUGUCACCACCUCUGUCGACCGUUUAUUGACCAUUGAAAGAUUUAGUCACGUGAUGCACUUGGUUUCGGAGGUUUCUGGGACCUUGCGCGCCGACAAGACCCGCUUCGAUGCCUUCAGAUCGAUUUUCCCUGCUGGGACCGUUUCCGGCGCGCCAAAGGUCAAGGCCAUGGAGCUUAUCAGCGAAAGAGAGGGUGAGAAGAGAGGUGUCUACGCUGGUGCUGUUGGCCACUGGUCCUACGACGGUAAGACCAUGGACACGUGCAUCGCUUUGAGAACCAUGGUUGUUAAGGAAGGUGUCGCCUACUUACAGGCUGGUGGUGGGAUUGUGCAUGACUCCGACGAGUAUGACGAGUACAUCGAGACCAUGAACAAGAUGAAGGCCAACAUCAACACGCUUGUCGAGGCCGAGAAGAUCUGGACUGAUAGGUUGGCCGCAGCCAAGCACGAAAGUGAUUAGACAAAGCAUGAGGAGUAGAGAUGUAGAAAAAUGGAGGGAUGUAAUCUGAGAAAACUGUAGAGCGGGACCAGGAUUAAGGGAUACCAAGAUUGGGAAAUAUCAGGAUUAAGGGAUACCAAGAUUGGGAAAUCAGACUUGAGGAAGAUUAAAAAAAAGGUAGAAUUGAC